AGGACACCUUGCUUUGACAGCAGACCUCUGAGCUGGUCGAUAGAGAAAAACAGAAAACUGCUGCCGUGAGCACAGCAGUUCCGCUAUUUCCGUUUGGAAGAAUGUGGAAAAAACAUUAAAACAUGGUGUACAUCGGUAGAGAUGGGGUCGUCCGGGCCUCGCAGCCCUGGGGCAUCGAACGCAUCAAGGGUAUCAUUAGGGGUUUCUUUAACUUUUUGUUGAUGUUUUUCCGCACGAUGCUGGACUUCAACCUCGGUGCCGGAUCGGGCGCUGGCAACCAGCGAGGCAGCGGUUCUGGGGGUGGUGGCGAUGGUCCACCUCGUCCACCCAGGCGCAUUGGCCGUACGAUGACACUGUCGGAUUGCACCGUCCCAGGCGGUGGAUGAGCUCGGUAAUGUGUCGAUGGUUGAAGUAGCAAUUCACCGUCGGCACAGCUGACUCCUCAGCACUGCGUCGGUAUCUGAAAGCGGCGGGUUCCCGGUCCCUUUCGUAUGACGGGCAAGUCUUAAACCUCAGCUACCAAACAAGGCGGAUUUGCCUCGAAGAGGAUAUCGCGCGGUGCGCACAUCUUUUAGCUUUCCUUUUCCAUUCUUGAGUUUAGUUUAGUUUUCUUUUUUGGGUAAAACGCAAUCGCAGCCUUACUUUUCUAAUUGCGCAUUUGGCGUUGAUGGUAAUGGAUUAAUCGGAACAGUGUUUAUAUAUAUAACUGUCUACUGAAAAGAAGAAAUAGCGAACUCUGUAAUGCAAUAUUUUGUUCAAGAAAUUAUAUUAACAAACAUGUUGGUUAACCAGUAA